AUGGCAGCAGGAAAAGAAACACCAAACUAUAAGGAUAGAGUGGCAGCCACACUCAGCAAACUGAUAGAAAAGGAGAGAGUCUACUCCAAGGUAUCAGGCGUGACAUUUGGAUUCAUUAGGUACAAGCGCGCUGCCAAAGAGCUUCUUCUCUAUGAUGGAAGAAUGGAGAGUGCUGCAGAUCUCUGUAAUGUAAAACAUAUUGGAAAAAGCAUAGCAGAUAAAAUUGCGAAAGAAUUGGAGGAUUUCUCUAUCCCGCCUGCCAAGCAGUCUUUCCAUGGUAAUAAUGAGGACGAGCCUAUUGUUAUCUCAGACCACUCAAGUAUCCUGGAGAAUCCAUGCGAUACGCCCUUCCCUCAAGAAAAGCCUCAAAUUUCUAUUGAAAGCAAUAAAGAAGAGCUCAUCCUACAGGAUAAAAGCGGCCUAAAUAAAUUUAAAAAAAUAGAGACUAAAGCUGAUGGAUUCACUGCGAGAUAUGCACAGAGCGAAGUUGAGAUCCAAAUAAAAGCAAAACAAACAGGAAAUGUAUUUACAGUUAAAACAUCCCAUGCACGCACUAAAGUGCCCAUUCCAUACGCACUCGGUCAUCUUAUUCUGGAUACUCUCGCAUAUGAUGCUCUAGAGUGCAAGCCAGUAGACACAAGCUCGCUUCGAUACCUGUGCUUAGAAAGAGCAAGGAAGCAUACAGCUCUGUAUGGCUCUGGGGUGCUUUUUGAGUCCACAGAGAAAAAAGUAAAACACUUUGCAAAGAUUCUCCUAAGGCAUGCACUUAUAGAAGAAAGCCCUGCUGGUGUUUUUAUCACCAAUCCAGGAAUGUGUGCUGCUACGCUGCUGUCAAGCAGUAUAAAAAAGAUAGAGCAGUUUACUAAAAAGCCCUCAGUCUGUGCACAGAAAACUGCACUAAGAAAGAACCCAGUGCGUCCAACUGAUAAGGAGCCUGCACAGACAAGCGAGCCUCUUCUACUAAUUGACAUACGAGAAAAGCGGUCAAGAGAGGACCCGUACUUCUUCCACACCUUUCUAUCACACGCGGGAGUCAAGGCAGAGACAAGAGUUCUUUCGAUUGGAGACUUUCUUUGGGCACACAUAAAGAACUCGCAGGAGCUUUACUGCAAAGUGCUAAUAGAAAGGAAAACAAUUAGAGAUCUGCUGCAGUCUGUAAGAGAUGGCAGAUACAGAGAGCAAAAAGAGCGACUGGUAAGCCUCCCAGGGCGCAAGAUAUACUGUAUAGAAGGCACACACUCUUUGGAAAAGUCGAUUACAAAAAUGAUAUAUACGGUAACAUACAGUCUUAUUGCAAGCAGGUUUAUGGUGAUUAAUCCACGAAGAGUGGAGGAAACUCUUUUCACCAUAGAGAAGAUCCACGGGCAUGUGGCAAAUGAAGUAAACACUGCUUGCCUGCAGGAGAAAGAAACAGAAAGAAGUGACAAGAAAGAAGAUGGUCUUUUUUUGCUUGAUAAUUUAUUGGCACGCCUGCAUAGAAAAAAACUCACAGACUACACAGAAACAGAGCAGUCUCUCAUUGUGCUGCAGGCGAUUAAAGGUGUUUCUCAAAGUGCAGCCAUUAAUAUUGUGCUUAAAAUAGGAAAAUUAUCUGAUUUAAUUAAAAAGAGCCAAGAUAGAUCCAGCCUUCUUGAAGAGCUGGCGGCUAUUCCUGGGUCCAAAAGAAAUAGGCAGCUUGGUCCCAAGAAAGCACAGAGCAUUCUACUCUCUCUUGGGCUUUAG